AUGCACUCAACCGUCACCCGCACCCAAAAUGUAUUCGGCUUCUUCACCACCGUCUGCUUCAUCGUCGCAGCCCUAAUCGCCAGUACCGAUUUUCUCUUUCCUCGAACACCCAGCGCAUCCAUAACCGUCAAAGAUGUGCAAGUAGUCAAAGGCCGUCCUCACUACUACUCCCCGAAAAGAGAAGAAUACGCCUCAAUCCGCUUCUCUUUAUCAGCCGACCUCUCAUCCCUCUUUACCUGGAACACAAAACAGGUAUUCGUGUACGUGACAGCGUCGUGGCCGGAUAAAGACGCGGCGAAUAAGUCGGUCCGGACGAACGAGGCGGUUAUUUGGGACACGAUCAUUACGAGUCCGUCCGCGGACCACUUGCAGAAUAUUGGGCUGGCGGCGAUGAGAAAGUUGGUUGCUUCGGCGAAGGGGAAGGCGAUUGAUCCGAAUCGAGGCAAGCUCGAACUCAAGAACCAGAAACCGAAAUAUCAGAUCACGGCGCCGACGGGAAAGCUGGCGGAAACAGAUGAUGUGCAGCUGAACGUGCAUUAUAAUGUGCAGCCGUGGGUGGGCGUCUUGACAUGGACGCCGCAGGUCGAGUUCGGUCGCUGGAAACGCAUGAAGGGGGGUUUGAGUAAGGUGUUUAGUCUACCGGCGUUGAAGAAGAAGGAGGAGAAGAAGGGGGAGAAGAAGAAGGCUUAG